GAAUACGCGGACGAGGUCACCGAGCUCACAGCCCUGGAGCAGCUGCAGAAGAAGAUCCACAAGAAGGUGCUGGAGCCUGUGGACCACAGCAAGAUGAAUUACAUCCCGAUCCGGAAGGACUUCUACGUGGAAUCUCCUCUGAUCACGAAGAUGACGGACAAAGAGAUCGACGAUAUUCGCGACCAAUGGAGAAUGAAGAUCCGCGGCCGAAACUAUCCGCGGCCUGUGUUUACCUGGGCGCAGUGCGGUCUGACCGAGAAGAUUCUGCACGUCAUCAACAAGCUCGGCUACGCGAAGCCCUUCCCGAUCCAGAGCCAGGCGAUUCCCACGGUGAUGUCGGGUCGAGAAGUGAUCGCCGUCGCCAAGACGGGCUCUGGAAAGACGCUCGCCUACCUGCUUCCGCUCUUCCGGCACAUCCUGGAUCAGCCGCCCGUCGUGGAGGGCGACGGUCCGAUCGGGCUGAUUCUGGCGCCCGCUCGCGAGCUGGUGGCGCAGAUCUACAACGAGGCCUCGAAGUUCUGCAAGGUUCUGGGGAUCCGGAUCACGGCGGUGUACGGAGGCACGAGCAUGACGGAGCAGAUCAACAGUCUCAAGCGUGGAAGCGAAAUCAUCGUGUGCACGCCUGGCCGCAUGAUCGAUAUCUUGUGUCUGAACCAAGGCCGCCUUGUGGGGCUUCGCCGCGUUUCGUACGUGGUGCUGGACGAGGCGGAUCGAAUGCUGGACAUGGGGUUCGAGCCGCAGAUCACGACGAUCCUGCAGAACGCCCGUCCGGACCGACAGCUGGUGAUGUUUUCUGCGACAUUCCCGACGCAUGUGGAGAACCUGGCGAGGAAAAUGCUGAAGAAGCCGGUGAUGAUCGUGGUGGGAGGACGCACCGAAGUGGCGGCCGAGGUGUCGCAGACGAUCGAGGUGCGCACGAAGGAGCAGAAGUUCCCGCGGCUGCUGCAGAUCCUGGGAGAAUGGUACGACCGGGGCUUGAUUUUAGUAUUUGUCGAUAAGCAGCAGAAGGCGGAUUAUUUGUUCCGCGAUCUCCUCCGGUCGGGAUACUAUUCCUACAUUCUGCACGGAGGAAUGGAUCAGCAGGACCGAGAUCAGACGAUUGUGGAUUUCAAGAACAAGGUCCGCACGAUCCUCAUAGCAACUAGUGUGGCUGGUCGAGGCAUUCAUGUCAACGACCUCGUCCUCGUAAUCAACUACGAUUGCCCCAAUCAUCUAGAAGACUAUGUCCACCGCGUAGGCCGAACAGGCCGUGCGGGGAACAAAGGAACGGCCAUCACGUUUAUCACUCCGCAGGAAGACAUGUACGCGAGCGAUAUGGUGAAAGCGUUGAAGCAGAGCCAUACGCCCGUUCCUGCGGAGCUGCAGAAGCUCAGCGAUGCAUUCGAAGCGAAAGUGAAGGCUGGCAAUGCAAAGCACCGGCUGUCUGGUUAUCACACGAAGGGAUUCAAGUUCGAUGAAACGGAGGCGGGAGAGAAGGAAGUGAUCAAGAGCAUGCAGAAGCGACAAGUGGAGAUCGAUAAUGGAAUUAUCACUCCGGAGGAAGCGCAGCAGCAGGAAAUGGAUGAGCAAUCCGUGCGAGACAAGUUCAAUAUCAAACUGGCAACCACGACGGAGAACGCGGAAGGCGAAGAAAGCGCGCUGGGCGAAAUGGCGGGCAAAGAAGAGUCGGACUCGGAUGACGAUAUCUUUGGUGAGGAGCGCGAUGACAUGCUGAACGAGGAUGGAACGCUGAAUGUGAAGAACGUCAAGCGGAAGGGACAGGAGAUCACGCACGCCUUGCAGUCGGAAGUGCCCGAGGGAAUGGACAAGCUGUUCCAGGCCGCAGCGAAUGCCGGCGUUAUGAACUCGGCGGUGCUGCAGGAUGCGAUUAUGGCGGUGAAGAACAUUGUAGGAUCGUCGAUGGCGUGUGACGUGUAGGAUAUGAAGCACAUCAACCAGGGCGUGACGAAGAUCAACGUGAACGGUGUGAUUUAUUACACGGAGGAGUUCGUGAUCAACGACUAUCCCCAGAAGGCGCGAUUGGCGCUGAACAAUCGGGCGGAGAUGAAUCGAAUCCAGGACUGGACGGGAGCCUCGGUGAGCAUUCGAGGAAACUACGUGGCUCCUGGGAAGAAAGCGCCGCUGGGUCUUCGUCCCCUCUAUUUAUACAUCGAGGCCGAUUCUGUGAAGAAGGUG